AUGGCAGCACGCGGGAUUCUAACCGCAAAGAUGCUCGAGUUUGAAAGACAGGCCGAAGAGCGGUAUAGAGAGAAUGAAGUUAUGGCUGCCGAACGAAACCGCAUGCUUGAAGAGUUGGGAAUAAUUCAGCAAGAGCAAAACCGAAUUUUAGAGGAGAAGCAUACCAUGUCAAAAUAUUACGAAAGUGAGGCUCUAAAGCAUGCCGAAGAGACUCGCAAACACCGUGAAGAUCUGGCCAUGAAGGGAAGCUCAGCCCGACCUGUCAUGACUAGUAGGUUUUCGUAA